UGGUGGCAGGGGAGGGGAAAGGGGGAGGGCCCCGAGGGCUACACACGCUCCCACUUUCAAGUUCCCUUGGAGGGAGAGGAGGUGGGGCUGCAGAAAGAGGAGGCCAGGAGCAGUUCCAUCCGUCCCGUCCCGUCUCCCCCUUUUCCUCUUGCUCCUUGCACCCUGCCUCUGCGAGAGUUGAGGGUUCGGGUGGCAGUCCGCGGCAGUGAGGGCAAGAGGGCCAGGAGAGUGGGCAGCGGAGCCAGGGGUGCGGGGGAAGAUGCCCAUCCUGCUGUUCCUCAUAGACACGUCCGCCUCUAUGAACCAGCGCACUGACCUGGGCACCUCCUAUUUGGACAUUGCCAAAGGCGCUGUGGAGUUAUUCUUGAAGCUGCGCGCCCGGGACCCGGCCAGCCGCGGAGACAGGUACAUGCUGGUCACCUACGACGAACCCCCGUACUGCAUCAAGGCUGGUUGGAAGGAAAAUCACGCAACAUUCAUGAGUGAACUAAAAAAUCUUCAGGCUUCUGGACUGACUACUCUUGGUCAGGCUCUAAGAUCCUCAUUUGAUUUGUUAAAUCUCAAUAGAUUAAUAUCUGGAAUAGACAAUUAUGGACAGGGGAGAAAUCCAUUUUUUUUAGAACCAUCUAUUUUAAUUACCAUCACAGAUGGAAACAAGUUAACAAGUACUGCUGGUGUUCAGGAAGAGCUUCAUCUUCCUUUGAAUUCUCCUCUGCCUGGAAGUGAACUAACCAAAGAACCUUUUCGUUGGGAUCAAAGGUUAUUUGCCCUGGUGUUGCGUUUGCCUGGAUUGGCUUCUACGGAACCAGAGCAUCUAGGGAGUGUACCAACUGAUGAGUCUGCCAUCACACAGAUGUGUGAAGUCACAGGAGGUCGCUCCUACUGUGUUAGAACACAAAGAAUGUUGAAUCAGUGUUUAGAAUCUCUAGUUCAGAAAAUUCAGAGUGGUGUAGUUAUUAACUUUGAAAAAACGGGACCAGAUCCACUUCCUGUUGGAGAAGAUGGACUUACGGAUUCAUCCAGGCCAAGCAACUCGUUUGCUGCUCAACCCUGGCAUAGUUGCCAUAAGCUGAUUUAUGUACGGCCUAACUCUAAAACUGGUGUUCCUGUUGGACAUUGGCCAAUUCCAGAAUCUUUUUGGCCAGAUCAGAAUUUACCUUCACUACCUCCACGAACAUCUCAUCCUGUUGUGAGGUUCUCCUGUGUAGAUUGUGAGCCAAUGGUAAUAGACAAACUUCCUUUUGACAAAUAUGAACUUGAACCUUCACCCUUAACUCAGUACAUCCUGGAACGAAAGUCUCCCCAUACCUGCUGGCAGGUAUUUGUUACCAGCAGUGGAAAAUACAAUGAACUUGGUUAUCCAUUUGGUUAUUUAAAAGCCAGUACGACUUUAACUUGUGUAAACCUCUUUGUGAUGCCGUACAACUACCCAGUUUUACUCCCUCUUUUAGAUGACUUGUUUAAAGUUCACAAGCUUAAGCCAAAUCUGAAGUGGCGACAGGCUUUUGACAGCUACUUAAAAACUCUGCCUCCAUACUACUUAUUACCAUUAAAGAAAGCACUAAGGAUGAUGGGAGCUCCAAAUCUGAUAUCAGAUAAUUUAGAUUGUGGACUUAGUUACAGUGUUAUCUCUUACCUUAAAAAACUCAGCCAACAGACCAAACUAGAGUCAGAACGGAUACUAGCAUCCGUGGGGAAGAAACCUCCCCAGGAAAUUGGAAUCAAAGUGAAAAAUCAUUCUGGAGGUGGCGUGUCCUUUACCCACAGUAAAAAUUUUAGAAAACUAUUGAAAGAAAUCAUAGGGGAAAGUGCACCAAGACUGACAGAAUUGAAUACCAAAGAAUUUGCUGGCUUCCAAGUAGGGCUCUUAAACAAGGAUUUGAAACCUCAGACAUAUAGAAAUGCUUAUGAUAUUCCACGUAGAGGUCUUUUAGACCAGUUAACCAGGAUGAGAUCCAAUCUGCUGAAAACACACAAGUUUAUUGUUGGACAAGAUGAAGAUUCCCUUCAUAGUGUUCCAGUCGCACAAAUGGGUAACUAUCAGGAAUAUCUAAAGACGCUGGCUUCUCCGCUUCGAGAGAUUGAUCCAGAUCAACCAAAAAGACUACAUACUUUUGGCAAUCCAUUCAAACAAGAUAAGAAGGGAAUGAUGAUUGAUGAAGCAGAUGAAUUCGUGGCAGGGCCACAGAACAAAGUGAAGCGCCCCGGAGAACCCAACAGUCCUCUGUCAUCUAAGAGAAGGCGGAGUAUGUCCCUGCUGUUGGCGAAACCACAAACACCACCCACUGUAACUAACCAUGUGGGCGGAAAGGGACCACCCUCAGCCUCGUGGUUCCCAUCUUAUCCAAACCUCAUAAAACCCACCCUUGUACAUACAGAUGUCACUGUCAUUCCUGAUGUCCAUGAGGAGAAGAGGGAAAAUGGUCAGAUCCCACCCGAUGGCUUCUUGUCAAAAUCUGCUCCCCCAGAGCUUAUGAAUAUGGCAGGAGAUGGUAUUCCACACCACCACCAGUUGGAUUCUCUAUCUGACGACUUCACUAGUCUAAGGAAAGACGGCCUGAUUCACAAACCUGGUACGCAUGCACUUCUAGGAGGAGGCAAACACUGCAGUGUCUCUGUAGAUGAUCGAAAAGCCUCGGUGACACCCACUUUGGGAACUGUACCAAACACCUUGCAAAUAACUCCUGCUAUGGCGCAAGGAAUCAAUGCUGAUAUAAAACAUCAGUUAAUGAAGGAAGUUCGAAAAUUUGGACGAAAGUAUGAAAGGAUUUUCAUUCUGCUUGAAGAAGUGCAAGGGUCUCUUGCAGUCAAGAAACAAUUUGUUGAGUUUACCAUCAAGGAAGCUGCAAGGUUUAAAAGACGAGUCUUAAUCCAGUACCUUGAGAAGGUACUAGAAAAGAUAGACUCCCACCACCACCUCAACAACGUUAAUCACAUCAACAGAAGAUCAUCAUGUUAAUGCAAAGACCAAGGAGAAAAAAGGGCAAGUUUUCUAUGCUGUACGGUGGAAGAUGAUAUUGUCAAAGCUUCCUAGAAUGUUCUAGGCAAGGGAAUUGCCUUCCCGAAGCUAAGAAAAAGCCAUGGAGCUUUUUUUUUUUUUUUUUUUUUUGAUUCUCUGGAAGUAAAAGCUGGCUAAGGGUUUUUCUGAAAGUAUUAAUUUGUUGUUUUGUUGGUUUUUUUUUUUUCCCAGUUGAGGAAGACGAUAUUAUUAAUUCAGCAGGUCAACUUCAGUAAGCACUGUCACCCCUUCUAAUCUUUGUUUUUGAGAGAGAGAGAGAGAGAGAGAGACAGAAUGUGAGCAGGGGAGGGGCAGAGAGAGACGGAGACACAGAAUCCGAAGCAGGCUCCAGGCUCCGAGCUGUCAGCACAGAGCCUGACGCGGGGCUCGAACUCACGAACCGCGAGAUCAUGACCUGAGCCGAAGUCGGACGCUCAACCAACUGAGCCACCCAGGCGCCCCGCUGUCGCCCCUUCUAGAUGUGACAAGGGUUUCCUCAUAUGAACUUUGCUGUUCUGGGCAUUUCCAGAGUGACUAAGAGCCACCUGUAACGUGGAGCACUGCUUGGUGGUCAUCUUGUGUGUGCCGAACAGAGUUUUCAACAAUUCCUAGUUGUGCCUUUUAAACCAUGCAAUAUUCAGGACAGUUUGAAACAAAGAGUAAGAAAGCUGCUAUUCGGGUAACUUAUUUCUCUGUGGGAGGGGGCAGGGUGAGUCACAAAUGAUCUACCUCCAACUCUCUUCUAUUUUGUCUAGAGACAUUACAAAGUGCACCUGAGGCUACCCCAACCCUGACAUUUGUUCUUGCGUGUGAUGACCGAAAGGCUUCAGGCAGACUUGUACGUUCUGUGCUUUGGGAGCACUAAAAGAAAAAAAAAUAAUGUAUAUAUUUCCUUUAAGGUUUAUACAAAGGUUUAUAUGGAGCAGUAUUGUUUUGUCUGGAUUAAUUUGCAGAAAUUUAAGUGUACAAAGAGAUUUUGAGUUUGCAUAUAUAAAAUAAAUCAUUUUAUUGGUUUUCA